UGUCCACUCCAGUCCGCUAGGUGGCAGCGCUGCAUUGACACUGUCACAACUCCCGGCAGCACAAACGCGUCAACUGUCCGGAAAUAAAAACUACUUGCGGAAAAGGGAACAUGGAAGCGGCAGUGUUCAUUUUGUCUCUUGUGGAUUGUUGUGCGCUGAUUUUCCUCUCCGUUUACUUCAUUAUAACCUUGUCUGACCUAGAAUGUGACUACAUCAAUGCUAGAGCCUGCUGUUCCAAGCUGAACAAAUGGGUAAUUCCAGAGAUGGUUGCCCAGUGUCUUUCCACCAUGCUCAUGUUGGUCUCGAUGCACUGGUUCAUCCUCCUCCUCAACCUGCCUGUAGCAGCCUGGAACAUUUACAGGUAUGCCCAUCCAGUCUCAGCAUCAGUUAGGUCCACCACGGCUACACGUGCAUGUCGGGAUCCUUUCUCUUUUGUAGUUGUUCCUUUUAUGUCACGUGGUUGGAAAAAUAAUUAAAGCAGCAAUGAUCGGGCCCUCACCCAAGAGGCUUCUUGGGUUCUAAAGCCAAAAGGUAAAAAUCCCAAUAUUUAAAGUGGACCUGAAACACUACAUGUAUACAGGCUAAC